AAUCGCUAACAGCUAAGAAUUUUAUGGGCAUCAAAUUCCGAGAUGGACACAAAAUGCUACAGUGCGCUGAAUUGACAGAAGCGGUAAUCUCUGUCCUAUGCCAGAUCCAUUUAUAUGAGUCUCACAGAUGCAGAAUCAGAUUCGACCGACAAAUUGGAAUAUAAAUAGGCAGAGACUGUAGAUGGAUGAUUACACAGAACGUUUUACAAAGGAUCCCAAAUUGCCCAUCACAGUUGCACACAAUUUUGCAAAUUGGGUGCAGAGGCAGAGUAUUUGGUAUUGGGUGCAGAAUGUUUUCAGUUUAUCCUUCUUCCCGUCGACUAAACAGAGAAGAGCACUACAGCUCCAAGAUGGUCACAGUUAUCAAUAUUAGACUGUUUAUAACCUCUGUGUUUAUCUUCACUGUGAUUAUCUUCAUGGCUGCACUCACAACUUUUGUACUCUGUUUCAAACGACUCUGCAUUCGUCGACCGCCCUCGGAAAGCGAUGAAAACUCCAUCGGCCUUCCACAGAAAAAACCAGUCCCAGAAAGUUUUCCUGUGUUUGUGUAUGAGAGUAAGAAUUAUAGUGAGCAGGGGCUUGAAUGUGCGGUUUGUUUGAGUGAGUUUGAAGAGGAAGAGAAGGGAAGAAUUCUGCCUGCGUGUAAUCACAGCUUUCAUGUCGACUGCAUCGACAGGUGGUUUGAGUCGCAGUCGACAUGCCCGAUUUGUCGAGCCAAUGCCCAGGUCGACACUUUGUCGGUAGACGCGUAAAGGAGAAGUUUGAGAAAGUAGGAGUUACGUGUAAACUUGUGUAUAUCAAGCCAUAGUAGUAAAUCAAAGGCAUAUAUGUAAGGAUCGAUGUCAAAAAAGAAUUCAAUCCUAAGCAGGUGUAUCCUCUUUAUAU